AUGUCAAGUCAACAAACGCCCUCGAAUAUCGAGCUCCGCGAGGUAACCACCCGAGAUGUAUUUGAUAGAGUCACCGACGUGAUCUGGACUGCCAGUCAUGAUCCAUAUAAUUCACAUUUCGGUGCUCUGCACCCUACUCAUGGCUUUACCGAAGCCGACCGAGAGGAAGACAAAAAAGCUGAAUCCGAACGCAAAUGGGCCGAGCAUGAGCGCAACCCCCCCUCACACUGGAUUUAUGCCGUAGAUAUCAGUACCGAUCAAGUUGUCGGAUGUGCCGAAUGGAUGAUAUACGCGAAGAAUCCCUUCCCAAAUGGACCCCUCCCGAUACCAUGUCGACACUAUCCGGAAGGCUCUGAAGCUGCUAAAUAUGUUAGUUUAUUCCUCUCUCAGGCAUUUUACCCGCACAUGUGCUGGAUGGCGCGGCCGCAUGGUGCAUUGAUGGCUUUGGCUGUGGUUCCGGGACACCGCAAUCGGGGGAUCGGGCGGAUGCUGAUGCAAUGGGGACACGAGCGUAUUGAUCCAUUAGGGUAUGAAAGUUUCAUUGAGGGCAGUGUUUUGGGUCGCUGGCUUUAUGAGCGCUGUGGAUAUCGCAGGCUUAUGGAUAUAUACCCCAAUAUGGAUGUAAAGAGCCCCAGUGAUGAAUGGAUUCGGUUACGGCAUCAAUGGAAGCCGCCAGUGAUUGGUUUGUUCUGGAGGCCACCGCGCGGUGAAUUUACUGAUAGUACGCCCCACGGUCCAUGGGAGAUCACGUGA